AGCACACGAUUGUUUCAAGGGUGUGAACGACCUUAUCAUAACACAGCAGGUUCUGAUGUACGAACGAUUUUGAAUUUGCAUUUCUUAACCUUGAAUGCCCCCUACCGAAGAGAAGCCUCACAUUAAGAAUUUUGAACGAACGAACGAAGGAAGAUCAAAUAGCAACGAAGCGUAUAAGGGAUGAUACAUUUUGUCUUCUUAGACAUUAUAUAUGUAUAAAAUGAGUAUAUAUAGGUACGGUCAUGCGUUCUCCUGACGGUCUCGAUUCUUCUUGAUCGAGGAGGGGGUUGUACUUGAAGAGCAAGCGCGCACAGAUUUCGCCCUCAAAUACAUUUACUCCUUGGCACCCUUCGUGCGCAGAGAAUCGAGCAACCCUUUGCCGUUUCCAAUAAUUUUAAUCGAGUUCAAAUUGUGCGACAUCCAAUCGCGAGUAAUAAAAAACAGAGAGAAAAAAGAAAGAAAAACAAGACAAAGGAAGGUACGCGAAGAAGUUUAUCCAAACUUAUCCAGAAUGAAGAUAAUUCAUUACCUUCUCUACAUAAUACCAUUGAUAUUCUUAAUAAAGAUGGGAUAUGUAGAAGGAAUGCAAAAUAAGCGUGAUAUCUCGAACGCAUUUUCGAUGGAUAAAACAUAUAAAAUGAAAAGACCAUUUUGCAAUGCGUUUACUGGAUGUGGAAGGAAAAGGAGUUUCCAUGGAAUUCCGAUUCGUUCUCCAUACUUUGAUUCCAAGAAAGAAAUUGGAAUUCGUCUUCCGAUACCUAUCUAUAGAACUUUAAUGAAUGAGGCUUCUAAAGAAAUUCGAAACACAAUUUCUCGAGAUACUAAUGAUUACGAACUCCCAGAGAUAACACAGGACUUCACAGUUUUUCCCGAUCGAGAAUUGCCAUUGGAUGAAAUUAAUUGA